UCAGACAACCGUAGCUAAUCAUAAUCAUAAUACUACAAAAUCAACAAACUAAAAUAGAGAAACAUGAUGACUAAUAAGCGCGUAUUUACUUUCUUUUCCUUUGUGGUGUUGAUAUUAAUUAUGAUAUGUAUGGGUUCAGUUCGGGCUGAAAAGCCCGAAACAUUGACAUGGGUAAAAACAGAAGCAUACGGGCCACACGAGCGCAAAACUGUCCUACAAUUCUACUUCCACGAUAUCAUAAGCGGGGAUUCUCCAACCGUAGCCUUAAUUGCCCGGCCCAUCGGCUCUAACAACACAGACCGAUUAGCGUUUGGUACCCUGAAUAUGGCUGAUGAUCCAUUAACUAUAAGCCCUGACCCGAACUCAAAGCUAAUUGGGCGGGCCCAAGGUCUAUUUGGUACGGCCUCUCAAGAAGGUGUGAAUUUUAUUAUGGGGUUGACUUGUGGCUUCGUGGAUGGGAUCUAUAAUGGGAGUACUGUGGUUAUCUUUGGCCGGAAUUCGAUCAUGAAUCCGGUAAGGGAAUUUCCGGUUGUGGGUGGAACCGGGCUUUUUCGGAUGGCCCGUGGGUAUGCUGUGGCUCAUACUUAUUCCUUUAAUCUUACUUCUUUGAAUGCUGUUGUAGGAUACAAUGUUACAAUUUUCCACCCUUGAUGGUAUUCAUGCAUAUAUUGAUGUUAUUUGGUUUGUUUUGUGUAUAUCAUGUAAGGCACCAUGCAUCUCAUGUGCUACAAGAAAAA